UAGGGACAUGGAUGAGGAUAUGCAGGGACACACACACCAGAGCCUGGAGACAUGGAAGAGGGCACAGGGACAUACAGCAGGGCUUGGGGAUGUGCAUGGGGACACCCACCAGGGCUUGGGGACAUGGACGAGAACAUGGGGACACCCACCGGGGCUUGGAGACAUGCACAAGGAGCACAGGGACAUGCAUAUGACACACACCACAGCUUGGAGACAUGCAUGGGGAGACAGACGAGGGCACAGGGACAUGCACAGGGCCACAGGGACACACACCAGAGCUUGGGGACAUGCACAGGGCCAGGCACAGGGACACCCAUGGGGACACCUACGGGUCCACCCCUGGUGCCACCCACAGGGACAGCACCAGUCACCAUGGGGUGGCGGCCCCGCUGGGCCUGUCCCCUCUUCUGCAAUCAGUGCAUAAAUAGCAAUGUCAGCAGGUGACACGGUGACAGAGGUGUCACCAUGGAGCUGGCCGGGUCCCUCAGCUUCCUCCUGUUCUUCCUCUUCCUCCUAAUGCUGCUGCUGCUGCUGGGGAAGGGGCGGCAGGGGGGGCACCCACUGCCCCCCGGGCCCCCUGCGCUGCCACUGCUGGGAAACCUGCUGCAGCUGUCCCCAACCAGGACCCUGGAGGGGCUGCUCAAGCUCAGUGAGAAGUAUGGCCCUGUGUUCAUGGUGUGGCUGGGGACCCGGCGGGUGCUGGUGCUCUGUGGACACGCUGCAGUGCGCGAGGCACUGGUGGACAACGCCGAGGCCUUCGCUGGGCGUGGGCGCCUGCCCACCCUGGAGAGCACCUUCCACGGCCACGGGGUGGUUUUCGCCAAUGGGGAGCGCUGGCGGCAGCUGCGCCGCUUCUCGCUCUCGGUGCUGAGGGACUUCGGGAUGGGCCGGAAAAGCAUCGAGAGCCGCAUCCAGGAGGAGGCGCAAGCGCUGCUGAAGGAGCUGCGAGACACCCGGGAAAAGCCGUUUGACCCCACGUACCUGCUGAGCUGCGCUGUGUCCAACAUCAUCUGCUCCAUCGUGUUCGGGAAUCGCUUCGACUAUCGUGACAGCGAGUUCCUGGAGCUGCUGCGGCUCAUGAACGAGAGUUUCCGGGAGAUCAGCACCCCCUGGGCGCAGGUGUACGACAUGGCAGAGACGCUGAUGCAGCAUAUGCCGGGCCCACACCGGCGCAUCCCCGUGAUGCUGGGGCGGAUGCGCAGCUUCAUCGCCCGGAGGGUGCGGGACAAUGCGGCCUCACUGCAGCCUGGGACCCCCCGCGACUUCAUUGACUGCUUCCUGCAGCACAUGGAGAAGGAAAAGUCAAACCCCUCCUCGGAGUUCACGCUGGAGAACCUGGAGCUGACCACCCUCAACCUUUUCUUUGCCGGCACCGAGACCGUCAGCUCCACCCUACGCUAUGGCUUCCUCAUGCUCAUGAAGCACCCGCACGUGCAGGAAAAGGUGCACGAGGAGAUCGAUCAGGUGAUCGGCCGCGAUCGGGCGCCCACUCUGGAGGACCGGGGCCGGAUGCCAUACACAGAUGCCGUGAUCCACGAGAUCCAGCGCUGCAGCGACCUCAUCCCCCUCAACGUCCCCCACCGUGUCACCCGCGAUAUUGUCUUCCGUGGCUACUUCAUCCCCAAGGACACCGACGUGUACCCGCUGCUCAGCUCCGUCCUGCAUGACCCCUCCGUCUUCAAACACCCCAACGCCUUCGACCCCACGAAUUUCCUGGAUGAGAGUGGCCGCUUCAAGCGCAAUGAUGCGUUUGUCCCCUUCUCCUCAGGGAAGCGGCUGUGCCUGGGUGAGGGUCUGGCGAGGAUGGAGCUGUUCCUGUUCCUCUGCACCAUCCUGCAGAACCUGCGGCUGCAACCACUGCAGCCCCUGGAACAGCUGUCGCUGGAACCACUGGUGUUCGGCUUCACCAAAAUCCCCCCCUUCUACCAGCUGUGCAUGGUGCCGCGCUGACCCCCUCCCACACCGAGACCUCCCCAGGCCAGGAACAUCCCCCCUCCAGCACCCAAACUGCCCCACACACACACUGAGACCCCCCCUGGACUGGGAAAUCCCCCUGUUAUUGGGAACCCCCCCGGCACCAGGACCCCCUCCAAGCGUUGAGCCCCCCAUAAAGUCUCUGGCGAACUUC